CCGGCUCCGCCCAGCCCUUGCAGCUUCCGACGGAAGUUACCGACCCUGCCGCGGUUCGGCUGCGUCAUCCGGUCUCGCACUUCCGGUGGGAAGAUUCCGGCCGGGAGCUCCCCAGGCCGAGCAGACCUAGGGACUGGUGAGAGCUGCAUCCAGUUAACCAUGGGAAGGCUCGGCACCAGCCACCAGCCCCUUAGGUGAGGACUCCGCCUGGGGCUCCGCUGAUGGUUCCAAGUCAUGGAGCUGCAGAGAGCUCCUCCAGCCAGGAGACGUUCUUGGUGAAAGCUGUGGUCCAGCUCUGCCGGCUCUUCCCGCACAUUGUCUUCAAGAGGGGUGCCUGCCCCCGCUGACUCAGGAGCUUGGGUGCCGCAGCCGCCACGAAUGGGGAGGUGGGCCCUCGAUGUGGCCUUCGUGUGGAAGGCGGUGUUGACCCUGGGGCUGGUGCUUCUCUACUAUUGCUUCUCCAUCGGCAUCACCUUCUACAACAAAUGGCUGACAAAGAGCUUCCAUUUCCCCCUCUUCAUGACGAUGCUGCACCUGGCCGUGAUCUUCCUCUUCUCCGCCCUGUCCAGGGCGCUGGUUCAGUGUUCCAGCCACAGGGCCCGCGUGGUGCUGAGCUGGGCCGACUACCUCAGAAGAGUGGCUCCCACAGCUCUAGCGACGGCACUUGAUGUGGGCUUGUCCAACUGGAGCUUCCUCUAUGUCACCGUCUCGCUGUACACAAUGACCAAAUCCUCAGCUGUCCUCUUCAUCUUGAUCUUCUCUCUGAUCUUCAAGCUGGAGGAGCUGCGUGCUGCACUGGUCCUGGUGGUCCUCCUCAUCGCCGGGGGUCUCUUCAUGUUCACCUACAAGUCCACACAGUUCAACCUGGAGGGCUUUGCCUUGGUGCUGGGGGCCUCGUUCAUCGGUGGCAUUCGCUGGACCCUCACCCAGAUGCUCCUGCAGAAGGCUGAACUCGGCCUCCAGAAUCCCAUCGACACCAUGUUCCACCUGCAGCCACUCAUGUUCCUGGGGCUCUUCCCUCUCUUUGCUGUAUUUGAAGGUCUCCAUUUGUCCACAUCUGAGAAAAUAUUCCGUUUCCAGGACACAGGGCUGCUCCUGCGGGUACUUGGGAGCCUCUUCCUUGGCGGGAUUCUCGCCUUUGGUUUGGGCUUCUCUGAGUUCCUCCUGGUCUCCAGAACCUCCAGCCUCACUCUCUCCAUUGCUGGCAUUUUUAAGGAAGUCUGCACUUUGCUGUUGGCAGCUCAUCUGCUGGGCGAUCAGAUCAGCCUCCUGAACUGGCUGGGUUUCGCCCUCUGCCUCUCGGGAAUAUCCCUCCAUGUUGCCCUCAAAGCCCUGCAUUCCAGAGGUGAUGGUGGCCCCAAACCCUUGAAGGGGCUGGGCUCCAGCCCCGACCUGGAGCUGCUGCUCCGGAACAGCCAGCAAGAGGAAGGUGACAAUGAGGAGGAGUACUUUGUGGCCCAGGGGCAGCAGUGACCAGCCAGGACGAGUGGCUUAGAAGCAGGCCACUCCCCAAUCUGCUGCCAGCACUUACUGUGCUCAAGCCUUGGGGGUUCUUCACAGUAUCUGGGAGCUGCGGAUGGGGAGUCAUCAUGGGGUGGGGCCAGGCCAGAGACUCGUGACUCCUGCCCCUCCCUUCAGAGCUUGGUCACACAAGGGGCGAGCACCAGGCCAGCAUGGGUCCUGGCUGGAGCUGGGCCCAAGCUGUGCUGGAAUCACAGCAAGACAAGGGAGCGGGCUUGUUCUUCCCAAGCUCUGACAGCCAAGACUCAUUUCCAAGGCACGGCAGCUUUCUAAGGGGACCGGGUUUGGACUGUGGAGCAAUUGGGAACAGGACCUGGAGGGGUCUAGGGCCUCAUCACCUGGGCAGCGUCUUCUCAGAGAGCAGAUUUAUUUAUAGUUUGGAAAUAAAUGGUUCACGGUCCACUGAUCGCCUUGUGUUGCUGGAGGCGUGGGGGCAGGGAGGGGACAGUGUGGGCCUGGCCUCUCCUUUCCUUUCCCUGCCUGGGGCCUUGUUCAAAUGACUGGUCAUAAGCCAGGCCUGCUUAGUUUCUCGUUCCUGUUCGAGCACCAGUGCCCUCCCCAUGGAGCCCCACUGCACCUGCUGGCAGGAAAUAACCGAAUAUUUACUGAG